AACAUCCUAGUCUAGUACAGUACGUAAGUGCGGCUUUGAUAGGCUGAUUCCUCAACCACGUCACUCUCAGCAACAGUUCUGUCGGUUCCACCCAUCCCCCAUUCGGUUCACAACGCCAUCUUUGCAUAUAGCUUUUCGUUUUCGGUGUGCAGUCAGAAUAAAAAAAUGGAAUUAUGGGAGAUGGUACCAGGACUGUGUGUCACUCUGUGGAUUAUAAAUCUUGUGAGGAAAACUGUACCGUGUGUAAUAAUGAAGAGGAAAAACCAACUGUGCAGUGUGAUCCAGGAAAACUCUGGAGGACGAGAGUUGUGCCAUGGAGAACAUCACUACUGUAUCCUGCACAAACAUUUCUGCUGGCGGUCAUUUCACCUACGUGUUGGUGCCUUUUCUGGUGACUGUUUUACAAGGCGACAAGGACUGUGAACAAGCCUGGUACAAUGAGGCAAAGGAGUUUUUAUCAGAUGGACAGGUUAGGAAUCGGACCGGGCUGGUUGUUGAUGUCACCAGUGAAAACAUCACGCUUUCUAAAUGCAUCAAGCUUUACUCUCUUGUGACGUGUCAUGGAUCAGGCCACAAGUUUCAACACAUUUACCAAGUGAUCAAUGAUUUCUCAAGCCAAGGAGAUGUGGAGAGGCAAAAAAAUACCACCUCCAUCACAAGAGUUUCUGGAGUCAAAAUUGAAGUGGUGAUUGUAGUCCUGAUUGUAGUUCCGAUUUUAGUCUUGAUUGCAAUCUGUUACUUCCUUAACCAAAGGAGGAUAGGGGGAGUCUGCCAAAGAUUGAUGCAGGGCAAUCGUACAGAUAAGAGUUAUAGCGAGGACCUGGAUGAUGUGAAGGCUAAUGGUUAUGUGAAUGGUGGUGGUGUGAAUGAAGCUCUUCUACUCCAAGCCAGCGUCGGUACAGUUGAUGAUGCCUAGACUUGGAGAGCAGCUGAGGAUUAUGGUUCAGCUUCAAAAGCUCCAUCAACUCUGCUUCUGACUUUUUUACAACUGCACUUUUCUACAUCUUUAUGCACUUUUUCUUAGGGUUUCUGGACUUUUUUCCACUUUUCUGCAAUUUCACUAGACACUUUUGCUAUAACUAAAACAUUUUUUAAAUAUUAGAUGGAUUUGGCUGUUUUAUUCAGGUUUUUUAGCCAAAAGUGCCAAAUUUUCAAUUGUAAAAAGACAUGCAAUUAUAUUUUUAUGCAGCGAUAUUUGAUUCCCUAAUUUAAAUGACCAUUGUUAAACGCGCUAUAUAAAGAAAAACCUGAAUUAAGUUGAAUUGAGUAUUUGAGUGGAAAGCAUUUCAGUUGAGUAUUUUUAUACCAUCAACUUGUUAAACACUAUGUUUCAUGCAUUAACAGCCAAAGAAAUCAUGAGCCAAUUAUAUUUUAAAACACUCAAAACAUUUUCAUUGUUUUAAAACAUUGCACAUCAUUCUGCAGUUUUAUUCUUUGUCUCUUCUCUGCAUGUGUUCUGGGCUUUUACAUCUUUGAGUGCUGCUGUCUUUUUCCGGGUUCAGCUUACUCGGUCAUCUCCCGCUGUCUGCUUACAUCAUUAACGUGCGAAAUAAAGAGCACAUAGAUGAACACGUACACAAUGAAAACAUGACAAAACAACACCGCAACGAUCAAUGGGAGGCACUGGCUUCAAAGUUCAAGUAUUGUUGCAAAUGGUCUGAAUACUUUAGGAUAUUUUGUUUAUCCUUUUUUUUUUAAUAAAAACUUUGUAAAAUAUUGAUUUCACUUCAUCAUUAUGGGAUACUGAGUGUAGAUUAAUGAGAAAAAAAGACUAGAAUCAGACGCCACAUAAAAUGUACGUAUAGCCAUAACAUUUUCUGCCAUUUUAAAGAAAAAAGUAUGCAUUUUUAAGUACUAUGACAAAAGCAACUUAUUGUUAUUAUUAUUGUUUGCAUUACACUUAAAAUCCAAUUAGUUGUGUCACCUAGAAAUUGACACAAAGCAUGUCUGAGGUGUGUUUGGGAACACAGUCAGGGUGUGAUUAGAAAGAACUGAGCACACUCUUGUGAAAAACCUGCCACCAGUCCCUCUUUUGUAAACAGCUUACACUAACAAAAUGAGUGGAUUGUAAAAGAGCACUUCUUCAUUCAGAUGUGUAUCUUACCACAGAUUCCAGAGUCCGAUAAAGAUGGAAAACUACUUUACUAUAUUUAUUUGUCUGUUUGCUUACUUACUAGUUAAAAUACAUUGUGUUAAAUUUAAAUACUGAUUACUGUUACCAGUAUAAUUUCACCUGGUACAUUACAUUAGUUACUUGUACAUUAAUGUAAUGAAAAUUAUGGAUCAUGUUAAAUAACUAGCAAAUAGCUCAGUCAAGGUGCCACUACAAUUUAUUAUUCAUUAAUUAAUUACACUUUAUAUGCUGCUUUGACAUGGUCAAUGUAUUGUUUUAAGUUAAAGCUCAGGUGACACACGUAACCCAACACCAACAAUUACAGUACAGCAUACAUCACUAAUAUGGGUGGGUACUAAUAUGACCCAGUGUUGAAGUAAGUGACUGUAAGUGCUGCACAUGAUCAGGGUCCAAUGUCUCUACUGUACAAAGAUUCACAUUCUAGUUUUCACAAGAUUAUAAUAGUUAUUUCAGCCAAAAAAAUUUCAAGAUUUCAUUAUUUUUUAAAAAUACUUUCAGAAUAUCAUUAGAUCAGUAUAGUUGUGGCUAACUUGUAGCUCACGGCAUGAUCUGAUUUGUUGGAUCUUUCAUUCCUUUGUCACUUUGUAGACUCUAAAGCUGAUCUUU